AUGACUCGAACUCAAGUCCCCUACCCCUCCCCAGCUACCCUGAAACGGUUUCCUCAUAUCAAUGAUGAACCCUCUGCCCUCUCCCAUAGCCUUGACCCCUUUACCAUAACCACCAAGACAGGCUUCCUGCCCUAUGAGACUGCCCCAACUGAGCUACCAGAGGCCUUCAGUGCCCUGUUGUCACUCGUCAACCGUCUCCCUGUCGUCAGACUAGAUGGCAAGCCUGGUCUACUGGCCACCUAUGAGCUCGGCCCCGCCGUCGAGGCUGAGCUUACUGAUUUGACUCAUGAGGUUGAGAAGCUGCUUCUUCCUGAUGGCUCUUAUGACCGCUUUACUAUCGCUGCUAUCUUCCGUGAUUACACUUUCCUGGCCUCGUCUUACCUGCUUGAGCCUUGCUGGGAGCACUGGAACAAGGAUCCCGCAGGUGGAUACGGACUUGGUCGCGAUGUCCUGCCCAAGUCUGUGGCCCGUCCCAUGUAUCGCUGUGCUGAGAUCCUGAACCUCCCCCCCUUCAUGUCAUAUGCUGCUUCGUAUGCCCUGUUCAACUACACAGUUGAAGACCCAUCUAAAGGUCUGAGCGAGUAUUCGAAUCUGCGUCUGAUCCGCUCCUUCGAGAAGGGUCUUGACCCCAAGAGCUCCGAGGCUGGCUUCAUCUUGACCCACGUCGACAUGGUGAAGGAAACUGGCCCUCUCAUAGCCGGCGCUCUGAAGGUUGUCGACUCUAUGGAACAGGGUGCUUCCCGCCAAGAGGUUAAUGAUGGCUUCCGCGAGAUUUUGAGGUCUAUGGAGAAGAUCGAGGGUUCUAUGGAAGACAUGUGGGGUAACUCGAAGCCAUCAGAGUACCUCUCAUUCCGUGUCUUCAUCUUCGGCAUCACCAACCAAUCUAUGUUCCCCAACGGUGUCAUCUAUGAAGGAUGUGAAGAUGAUAAGCCUCUCAACUUCCGUGGCGAGAGUGGUGCUAAUGACAGCAUCAUUCCUCUGCUUGAUCACCUCUGCGAAAUUCCUAUGCCCGAAACUCCUCUUACCAAGAUCCUCCACGAGUUCCGCGCCUAUCGCCCUCUCCCCCACCGUGAAUUCCUCACAUACAUUCGCGAAAAGUCCGAGGAGAUCGGCGUUCAGAAAUACGCCGUGCAAGACUCUGAGACCGCUGUUCUUUUCCUGCGCACUCUUAACCACAUCCGCAGCUUCCGCUGGCGCCACUGGCUCUUCGCCCGUGAAUACAUUAUUCGCCGUACGCCUCACCCCACUGCUACAGGCGGUAGCCCCAUCGUUACUUGGUUGCCUAACCAAUUAGCGGCUGUCAUGGAGCUCAUGGUGAAGAUCUAUGAUGCGCACCUUGCACCUCAGGAGGGUGCUGCUGUCAUUGGUAAUGAGGAUCUCAUUGCGUCCCACAGGAAGCAAGUCGAGCCCAUGAUGGAGCUUGUACGGGAUCAAAAGGAGAAGCUUGCGAGGGAGGUUGAGCGGUGGUGCCAGGAGCGCGGCGUUUAG